UCUCUCUCUGCGUCUUACUUUGAGCAUGUUUGUUUCUUCAAGAAGAUCAUUUACUCAACUUCUCUCUCUCUUCUCCUAGCUCCUCUUCAAAGCUUCUCUUUAACUUCAUCCUUCUCUCACUUUCUCCUUUCUUUUUGAGAUAUAGAGAGAGAGAACAAAAAAAAAAUCAAAUCUUUCAGACACCCUUUUGACUUCUUUGCCCAAAGAAUCCCUCUGCUUUUUUUUUUCCUUAGAGAAAUUCAUUUUAAAUUCCGAAGCAAAACCCUCAAGAUAACAAAAAAAAAAAAACAAAAAAGACAUCAUCAUUAUCAUCUUCAUCAUCACCAUCAACUUCAGUGGCAGCUAUAGCAAGAGAGGUUUCUUAUAAGGUUUGUGUAAUAAUUAUGUCCAUGGAAGGAGUUUUUCUAGAGAAACCAAAAUCAAACACAACAACAACUACAACUACUCUCCCUGAUCUAUCUCUCCACAUCAGUCUCCCAGAUAUUCAUCAUCAUCAUCAUCAGUAUCAUCACAAUGAAUCUUCCAAAGAAUCUUCUAGAAGAUCGUCCCAACAGGACAACAACCGAUCAUCGAACUUUGAACUCUCUUUGUCUCAUCAUAACCACCCAACCGCAAGAAUCUUCCAUUGUCCUGAUCGAAGAAACCUUAAUCUUCCUCAUCAUCAGCAGCAUUACAACAACCCUAUCAUCAAUGGUGGAAGUCUUCUUCAUCAAAGGGUCGAUGAAUCCGAGAUUAAUAAUCUCCACCGUCCGAUUAGAGGCAUCCCGGUCUAUCACAACCGUUCAUUCCCUUUCCACAACCAAACCUCUCCUUCUUCUUCUUUGCCUUCUCUUGGAGGAGGAGGAGGAGGAGACUUGGAUCAAAUCUCAAUCUUAAACUCAUCUUCAGGCUAUAACAACGCUUACCGUUCAUUACAAUCUUCCCCUAGGCUUAAGGGUGUUCCUUUGCAUCAUCAUCAUCAUCAUAAUCACUAUGGAAUCGUUGGAUCCUCAGAUUCCUCUUCUCCUCAUCAUCAUAACCAUCACCAUCAUCAUGGGAUGAUCAGAUCAAGAUUCUUGCCUAAGAUGCCGACAAAACGGAGCAUGAGAGCUCCGAGGAUGCGUUGGACUAGUAGCCUUCACGCUCGGUUUGUUCACGCUGUUGAGCUCCUAGGAGGCCAUGAAAGAGCAACACCGAAGUCGGUUCUUGAGCUCAUGGAUGUAAAGGACUUAACUUUAGCUCAUGUAAAGAGCCAUUUGCAGAUGUAUCGAACUGUUAAGACCACUAACAAGCCUGCUGCUUCAUCAGAUGGGUCAGGAGAAGAAGAAAUGGGCAUAAAUGGAAACGAAGUCCAUCAUCAAUCAUCGACGGAUCAAAGGGCACAAUCUGACGAUACUUCUCUUCAUCAAGAAAUUGACAUUUCUUCCACACAACCUCGUUGGAGUAACUCUUCACGAGAGACAUGGCCAUUAAGUAAUAACUGCUCAAGCGACAUGGAUACAUUGAUCAGAACUUCAUCAACAUCAAUGAUCUCUCAUCAUCAAAGAUCCAGCCUUCAAAAUCAGGAGCAAAGGUCGAAUGAUCAAGCAAAGAGGUGUGGAGAUCUUAGUUGUAACAAUCCAAGUUUGGAGUUCACAUUAGGCAGACCAGAUUGGCACGAUAAAUGACUUUCUUGAUCCAUUUGGAUUUUAAUAUAUAUUGGUUUUUUUUAAUCUCUAUCUCUCUAUAUAUAUACUCCGAAACAUGAAUGCAAUAUAUAGCGUUGUGAUGAUGAAACUCUCAACGUAAAAGAAGAACACGUAAAGAGCCAAACUGCUCAAGAGUGUUGGUUUUUUGCAGAGAGAGGAGGAUAUCACUACAAAAGAGGAAGAUAUUUGGAGAUUCUUCUUCUCAAGGUUCCAUUGAUGAUUUGAUUAUAAAAGUGGAUGAUCAAUGUAUGAGGCUUUUUUUGUUUUUGUUUUCUAGACCUGUUGAUCUGGUGUGAUCAUAAGUUAUAUAAUUGGAAAGAUCAUCAAAAUUUGGUGAAAGUUUCAAUUUUUUUUUGUUGAAAGCCUCUAGCUGGGUUAGAGGGUUUCAAGUAUCUAUGGGUCUUUUUUCUUUUG